GUGUAUGAGUGUGCGUGUGCUGCUACUCUUCGAGGGAGUCAAUCGUCGUCCGCGAUGUGUUCCUAAUUUUCUAUUAAUAUUGUUAUUUUCAAUAAUUUCCGUUAAAAAUGUUUGUUCAUUGAACUCUAGCAGAGGCAGCGGUUGGAAAGUGCUAGUUUGAAAUGCGAAAAACUAUCGAUUCAUCGGUAAAAAUCGGAAGCGAAAAAUUCAAAAUUUUGGAAGCACGCUGAUUCUGUGGCAUCUACAGAAGUGUUCAUUCAAGACCGGAUAGAUUGCAGUGUGCCACGGUAGUGAACAUGUUGAACAAAAUACUACUCUUCUUUGUCGCUCUGCGGCUAGCAUCGGUAUUUGUUGUGAGAACCUGGUAUGUUCCGGAUGAGUACUGGCAAAGUUUGGAAGUUGCCCAUCGACUAACAUUUGGAUACGGUCACCUCACCUGGGAAUGGACAAAAGGCAUACGUAGUUACGUCUAUCCUGCCUUCAUCGCCAUAAUAUACAAACUUCUCGCUUUGUCUAAGCUGGAUUGUGUCGAACUGUUGGUACUGCUGCCUCGGGUGCUACAGGCACUUCUAUCAGCAUAUUCAGAUUACAGAUUUUAUGUGUGGUCGAACAAGAGUAAAUGGUCAGUUUUUGUCUUAGCAACCUCGUGGUUCUGGUUCUACACUGCCUCCCGCACACUCUCGAACACAUUGGAAACUUCGCUGACAGUUAUCGCUCUAAGUUACUUCCCUUGGACUGCCGUAGAGAGCACUACUUUCUUGUGGCCUGUUGCUCUUUCUAUUUUCAUCAGACCAACAUCAGCCAUCCCUUGGGUUCCGCUAUGUCUAUACCAUAUGAAAAAAUCGACACAUCCAGUUUGGGAAUUACUUCUGAAGCGUUAUCUCCUGAUUGGAUUUAUCAUAGGAUCAUUUUCCCUGGCUGUAGACAGCUUCUUGCAUGGUUCUCUUCUCAUUUCCCCGUAUGAAUUCCUUCGCUUCAACGUUCUGAAAGGAAUAGGCAGCUUUUAUGGCGAACAUCCCUGGUAUUGGUACGUCAAUGUUGGCCUACCAACUGUUCUUGGGAUAGGAACUAUCCCGUUUCUGUUUGCUGUUGUGGAAACCAUUCGUCACCGACAAGUGUACAAAGAGCGUUCUAUUCUGUUAGUUACGAUUGUUUUUACUUUGAUCGUUUACUCGCUUCUUUCGCACAAAGAGUUUCGGUUCCUACUUCAAAUCUUGCCGUUAUGCUUGUACGUGUCAGCAGAUCAUCUAUCACGGUGGAGUAGAAAAGCGUCUGGUAAAUUAGUAUGGUUUGCAGCACUUGGACUAUUGGUCGGCAACAUCAUUCCUGCCAGCUACCUUAGCUUCGUUCAUCAGCGUGGUGCUCUAGAAGUGAUGUCUUCACUGCAGUCUAUAGCACGUGAUUACCGGGACGAAUUCGAUCAACCAGCAAAGUUCAUCUUCCUUCUACCCUGCCACUCAACGCCAUUUCAGAGUCAUAUCCACCAUAACACCACAAUGCGGUUUCUGCGAUGUGAACCCAACUUUGAAAACGUUGAUAAUUAUUCAGACGAAGCAGACACUUUCUACAAGGACCCCAUGAGUUGGAUUCGAAAGAACCUACCCGUUCAUCCGCGCAGCGCUUUACCGACCCACGUGGUAGCGUUCGACAUUCUUGAACCGCAGAUCAAGGACUUCCUGUCGGUUUACAAGCAAAAGGAAUCCUUCUUCCACUCGGAUUACACGACUGAUAGGAUCGGAGCUAAUAUUCUCAUCUAUGAACGAUUUGAUCCUACCCAAACCACGACAACCAGUCCGGUACCAAAGGAAGAUGAACAACCUACCGAGCAGGGUACUGAAGGCUAAACACUAUUUUAUUUAAGGUUUUGUGUGUACUUGGUUUUUGUUCCCCCUUUUUCAAGUGCUAGGUUUCUAUGUGAAGUUUUAUUUGUAAUUAAUUUGGCCGUCAUCGACGAGCAGUCCGUACGAAAAACGUGGCAAUAUCAAACUUUUGACGAAAGUUUAGCAAUUUGGUAACACUUAGAAGGUAGAAGCGAUAGUACAAACCGUACUUUAUUUUUCCUCUAUAUGAUAAGGAUCAAACAAUAUUCUUCGGGGAAGAAAGGUUAGCCUAAUAGGGGCUAUAUUUGUCUAACAAACUGCCAGGUAUUUUCCUUAUUUUUACUCUUCCAAAGCAAACAUGUUUCAAACCACUGGUGAUACAGUCAUGAUUCGUUGAUUGGGCCUAAAAGCAAGAUUAAAAACCUUUACCCAACGAAUGAAUUCGACUCGUUGUUGGGAGAAAACUGCUCACUGUAACCAUUGUCUGGUAGCCAAAAACUGCAAUAGGUGUAUCGCGAUUACAGCAGAAUAGAGUCGAAGUUUUGGCGUAUUGUUCAAAUAUGCAAAGAUUAUCACUUCUGUGUUGAAUUAUUGAAUUUAAAUUUAAACCUACUAGGUUGCUUUUAUUUUGUAGUCAAUCACAGAUUUCUAGUUUGUAAUGUCCAGAUCCUCGACAAGUGAGUUUACCAUGUUCUUCGAAAUAAAGUGUUCAUAUUCAAAUA